AUGCUCCAGCGCCGCCUCCUCCUCCCUCUCCGGCCUUCCUUAGUGCGGCUCUACACUUCCCCCAAGCCCUCCUCCACUCGUCUGCCCCAAUCCCUCUCGGAAACACCCAACCCCCUCCCAGCCUCCUUCCUCCGCGGCGGCACCUCCAAGGGCAUCUUCAUCAACCGUGCGCACCUCCCCGCCGACCAAUCCCUCUGGAAACCCAUCUUCCUCGGGCUCAUGGGCAGCCCUGACCCCAUCCACGGACGACAGCUCAACGGAAUGGGAGGCGGGGUGUCGAGUUUAUCCAAGAUUUGCGUUGUCGGACGACCAAGAGAGCUUAGUGCGGAUGUUGAGGCAGGGUUAGAUCGUAAAGUGGACGUCGAGUAUACGUUUGUGCAAGUGGGGAUUAAAGACGACUCUAUCGACAUCUCUGGGAACUGCGGCAACCUCUCUUCCAUGAUCGGUGCUUUCGCUCUCGACGAGGGCAUCGUCUCCGCCUCCAACCUCCUCACACCUCCAUCCCCACCCUCUUCCACCACCACCACAACAGACGGCCGACGCGUCCAAAGAACCACAGUCCUCAGUCUCAACACUAACACCAACAAAAUCAUCUCCACCUCCUUCCCCACUUCCUCCCCUUCCGAAUCUACGGAUAGAGAUUUAUUGAAACCGGUAUUAGAUAUACCCGAAGCAUCAGUCGCAGGCGUACCAGGCACCGCCUCCCGCAUCCUCCUCCAAUUCCACAACCCAGGCGGCGCACGAACGGGCAAGCUCCUCCCCACAAACGAAGCUACAACCCUCCUCCGCAUCCCGCACCCCCAAAACCCCAACCGCUCCAUGGAAGUGGCAGCCUCGCUCGUAGACGCCACGAACCCCUCCGUCUUCGUCUCCUACGACCAACUGGCUUGGCCUUCCGAAGAAGGACUAAGUUUAGAUUUCGGACAUGGACCACGACCAGGCCUGGAACUCCCAUUGGACCAGUACUUCGCCGGCGAACCUGAAGCAGUGGCUGUUGUAUCACCUAUGUUGGAGAAUAUACGCCAGGCGGGGGCUCGAGCUAUGGGUCUUGACCCCUCCGCACAGGCGCAGCCCAAAAUCGCUAUCCUCUCCUCCCCGUCGCUAUCACGUUCCGCGUCCAGAGGGGAUGAAAAUGACAGUGUGGACAUCGUAGCACACGCUCUAUCCAUGGGCGUACUCCAUAAAGCCAUCCCGAUGACACUAGGGCUGUGCCUCGGCGUAGCCGCUAAGAUCCCUAACACUAUUCCCUGGAAGAUCGUCCAGCAGGCUCGAGCAGACCGCGCCGAUUUCAAUAGAUUUAUCGCCGGCGCAACCCCGGGAUCAGACGACGACUUGACGCGCAUCCUCCAUCCAAGCGGUACGGUGGACGUAGGCGCCGAGUUUGACGCAGAGGGGAACGUGAAGAUCGCGCAGGUUGUUCGGACUGGUAGGAGGCUGAUGAGGGGUGAAGUAUAUUGGUAG